CCCGCCGUGGUCACGUGAAGGCCGGGCGCAGAGGAUCUGCGCCUCCGGGGAGGGCAGAGUCCGCCGGGGCGGCCACUACGGUCCCGCAUCCCUGCCUGCGCCCCGCGCCACGAUGCCCGGGAUCCAGCUCGGUUCGGGGGUGCAACGCCUGCGCCCCGAGCCCCAAGAGGAGCUGCCCGCCCAGGAGAACCUUUUGCUGGCAGCUGCCUAUGUUUCCGAUGCCCAGUACAACAGAAACGUUCCCUUCCAAACGUCCCCACAGGCAAUCAGACUUUACUGUUUUUACAACCACUGGACGAUGCGAGUGGCCACAUACAUCUUUAUCUGUGUAGACCUCUCUCUGGCCCUGUUUGAGGAGCCCGCGCUGUUCCCGUUGCCUUUUGUGGCCACUGCCCUCGCAGAAGUGCUCUGCUUGGCUGCAUUCUCUGCAAGACUAGUGCACUUUGCCAAAGUCACUCCUCAAAUGGUUUUCUGGAAGGACACGAAGAACAUCUGCAUCAUGGUGACCAUCGUGGUGACCUUGAUUGAUCUCAUCAUCUAUGGGUCCCUGGAAGCCGUUCACAUCCACAGCAUUAGAUGGACGAGGGCCUUGAGGCCGGUCUUCCUAAUUAACUUUCCUGAAAGUCGUCAAAUCCGACGGGCUUUCCGAAGCAUCCGGAACACUCUGCCUGACAUCCUGUAUGUCUUCCUCCUGUUCCUGUUCAGUGUGCUCAUGUUCUCUCUGAUGGCCCUGAAGCUUUUUGGGGACAGGGGGCUGAAAACAGCUGACGGAGCUCCCUACUUCACAAAUAUUCUGGAAAUCGCGUUUGAGCUCUAUGUGCUGGUUACUACAGCAAACAACCCUGACAUCAUGAUGCCUGCCUAUAACGUCAGUUGGUGGUAUUCCUUGUAUUUCAUAACCUACAUCAUCAUCAACACUUACAUCUUCAUGUCUGUCUUUCUGGCUGUGGUCUACAACAACUACAGGAAGCACUUAAAGAAUGAGAUUCGCAAACUGGCGUACCUGAAACGGCACAAAAUGAUACAGGCAUUCAACAUUCUGAAAGUCAAGGUGGGCACAGAGUUUGUGGUAAAGGAGGCUGCAUGGAAGCAGCUGGCCAAGGUGGUGACACCAGACAUCAGCAGCUCCCACCUGGAGCUCCUCCUGAGGAUCUCCGACGAGGGGCAGCAGGGGUAUGUGGACAAAAUGAACUUUCUCCGCCUGGCUGACCUCCUCAACAUCCAGGUGGUUACCAUCAAUCUCAGGAGACACCCACUGGAAGCCUGGGUUCCUCGGGUCUACCAGUCAUCCAUGAGCCUCUUGGUCCAGAGGAUGGUUCAGCACAGGAUUUUUGUCUGGGCGUAUGAUGUCAUCAUUCUAAUCAAUGCCAUAUGCAUUGCUCUGGAUGAGAAACACCCCUUCAUUUCCUAUGCAGAAUGGCUUUUCCUUGCUCUCUAUAUUAUUGAGAUCCUCCUGAAACUGUACACAUAUGAGCCCAGAGCCUAUCUUGGAAGGAAGCAGUUCUGGAACUGGUUUGAUGUGCUGAUCAUCAUCGCAGCUCUGGUGGCCACCAUGGCCAAUGCCGCCAUUCAGUCAGCAAGAAAAUACAAUAGUCGGCAGAUCCUGGAUAUUGUCUUGAUAUUGAGGAUACUCCGGCUCCUAAGGGUUAUCAUCAGCAUUGAGAGGUUCCGGGUGAUAGUGACCACUUUGAUCAACAUCGGCCCCACAAUGCUGACGUUUGGUGGGCUUGUCUUUGUGGUUUACUAUACAUUUGCUGUCAUUGGGAUGGAAAUGUUCCAUGGCAAAGUCCAGUUCUUUGACCCAAAUUUCACAUCUCCUGAUGCCCUGGUGUGUGGGAAUCCAGCCUUAAAGGGGUCAGCAUUUGCCCGAGACAGGUACUGCAAGAACAACUUCAAUGAUCUGGCCUCAUCCUUUGUCGUGCUGAUGGAGCUCACCGUGGUGAACCAGUGGCAUGUCCUUGCAGGUGGCUUUGCCCUCGUGACUCACCAGGCGGCAAAGCUGUACUUCAUCUUGUUCCACAUUGUGGUCGUCAUCCUCAUUGUUAAUAUUUUCAUAGCAUUCAUCUUGGAGGCAUUCUUUGUGGCGUAUUCAUUAGGAAAGAGUGAGAUAGAAACUGCCAUAGAGAAGAAGAUUCAAGAGCUCGGAGUGGGAAUCCAAGAGGAAGAUGUGCAGGACUGGAAGCUCACUGGUAACAUCGGCACUGUGGAUAGCACCUUUAGUGGGAAUGAUGGUGACAACAGAGGGAAGGCCUUGAAAGGACUAUACUUCAGAAUUGCAUCAAAAAAAUAUCGGACUGUGGAUGCCUUGCUGCAGCGGAUGUUUGAGUCUGAAAUUGCUCCCAAUGAUGAAGGCCCUUCCUUGGAAGAGAUUCUGAACUUCUCACCCAGUGACAUAUAUCCCAAGAAUCCCAAUUUUGAUAACAGUGCAUGAUUCUGCAGUUGCAAGAGUCCACAACUGGAAACCAAGAGAAGCUGCAUCUUUUUUUUGCAUAUGCUAGCUGGAGAUGACUUUUCCAGUGUGGGCUCCUUUUCUGAUCAGAUAAGACUGUGGCCUUACUUGUCCUGAGUGGUCAGCUGCAUGGUAUGGGAAGGCCACUACCAUGUGCCUCGCCUAGGGGUUACUCUUAGGUCUGAUCCUGAGGGUCCACAACUGGAAACCAAGAUAAGCUGCCAUCUUUUUCUACAUAUGCUAGCUGGAGAUGACUUUCCCACCCUGGGUUCUGUUUUGUGAUUAGCUAAGUCUGUGAAUCAGCCAUACCUGGCCCAAGUGGGCAGCUGCAUGGUAUAAGAAGGCCACCAGUGUGUCAACAGUGCUCCACCUGGUGUGGGGGGGUCAUUCUUAGGUAUGGUCACAGAAGUAAGGAUGAGCAAGUUGAUGAAGAGAUUAUGCUGAGCACUUGUCCUAACAUGUCAGUGCAUGUGUGAAGACUUUCCAUUGGGUAUAUAGAAGCUUUUCAUUCAUUUUUCUAUGAUAUUUUGCCAUUCUAUUAAACUUAUACUGUGCUACAGUGUUACAUAAAUUAUGGAUAUUUGAAAAAUUACAAAGACAUAUUCUGGUACAGUAGCUUUUAAAUGCAGUGAUUUUCAAAAUGAAGAAAAAUAUGAAUGUGAAAAUAUAAUUGUCACAAUUGCUUCUUUUUGGAGGGUGCAGCAGUAUACUCUCAAGGCUUCUUUAAUUGAAUUAGUCAAGCGCAAUUUGGAGUAAGUUGCUCUCUAAGGACACUUUGCCCAGCUGGGAAUCUCCCAGUAUAGUGAUUUGCUCCUUCUUGGAACUUAAAAAGGAUUCAUUUUAUUAAUAACUUUUAAAAAUUGCUAAAAUGCAUAUAACAUGAAAUUUUCCAUCUUUGCAGUUUCUCGGUAUGGAGUACAGUAGUGGUAAGUACACUUGUUAGUCAACUUUCUGUUACUAUGACAAAACAUCUGAGAUAAUUGAAGGAGGAGAGGUUUACUGUAGUCCCAGUUUCAGAGGUUUCAGUCAGUCCAUAGUGGGUUGGCUCUGUUGCUUUAGGCCUGUGCCGAGGGUGUGCAUCAUGGCAGAAGCGUGUGGCAGAACAAGCUGCUAACUUCAUAACAAUUGGGAAGUAAAGAAAGAGAUGGGAGGAGGCUGGGUCCUACUGUCCCCUUCCAGAACAUGCCCGCAGUGACCUAACUUCCUUCCACUAGGCUCCACCUUAAGGGUUCUACCACAUCCUAAUGGUGCCCCAGGCUGGAGACCAAGCCUUCCCAUGGGCCUUUGGGGCACACUCACUCAUAGCAUGCACUCACACUGUUGUGCACCCACCUCACUUUCCAGAUUCACAACUUUUCCAUCUUGCAAAGUGGAAACUCUGUACCUGUUCAACAACUACUUUCAUUCCCACCAUUGCACAUUCUGUCUUUGUGAAUUUGAUACCUCUGGAUGGCAGGUCCAUUUCGAGCAGCUACAUACCCAGAGUCCUCAGGGCAUCCCCUCAUUCACCUUGUCACAGGCUUCACUCUAAGGCAAGGGGGUGGGAAUCCCCAUGACCUGAGUAUAGUGAGACCUGAGUGGUGUGCUGUGCCAUGUGUCAUGUGGCCACUGAAGCAGGCUCAUAGGAACUUCUUCAGUCCUGAGGGGCCUUUUGGGCCUUGUGUUGUGGAAGUGAAACAAAGGCUUUGGGCAGAAUGGCUGCCCACUGACUAUGUCACAGAGGGCCCCCAGAGCCCAUUUCCUCAUGUGUCAACUUAGGACAAUGACCUUCCUCCCAAGACUGUGGGGAUGGAGGAAGGAUGAGGAUAGUGUAAUGCUGGCUCCCACUCACAGUCAGUACUGUAGCAGUGUCUGUUGCAAGUCAAGUUGCUCUUCCUGGCUUAAAACCACUGCUGGUGUUGGGCACUGGAGCCCUGGAAUCCCACUGUCACCAAGAUUGCGAGGAGUGACUCAGUGGAGUCCUACCAUCCUUCCAAACUCUCUCAUCUCUUUGUAUAUCUAACAGCUAUUGUCAUGUAGAGUAUUACACAAAAUGUAUGGAGUUGAAAUUUAAUUUUAAAAUUUGAUAUAUGUAACGGG